CACAGUGCUACAUCAAUGAAGAAAGGGUGAGCCAAGUAGAAUGCUGGAUGUUAACAGAUGAUAGACACUGCAUUGUUCAUACGAUAUUAAGUCAACCAUGGAAAAAAAACACCGGGACCUACUUCUGGCUAAACGACUGGAGAUAACAAGUGACCUGAGGUUUAGGGACAUCCGUCGGCGCCUUGUAGACAGCAGAAUCUUAAAUGGUACUGAUCUUGAUGACAUAGAGAUUGAGCAGACACGAGAAGACCAAGCCAAGGCCUUAUUGGACAUUCUACCUAACAGAGGACCAAAAGCAUUUGUGGUGUUUAAAGAUGCACUAAAACAUCGCUACCCGCAUCUGGCAAGGAUCCUAAAAGAUGAUGGCCAAGAGGGGACAUCCAAAGAAUCACAUGUUUUCAUCAUCCACGCAGGAGAAGACAAAGAACCAUUUGUUCGCCCAUUGGUUACCAACAUGCAGCAGCAAGGGGUGGCUGAGAAAAUCAUUUUUUUCGAUGAAAUUUCCAUCGAGCCAGGUGAGGUCAUCCGAGAGAGAAUAAUUUCAACGUUAUCAAGCCAAAGUUUGGAACUUGCUGUCAUUGUUGUCAGCACGUCGUUGCUCAACAAGCACUACUGGCCUAAGCUGGAGUUUGAGACAUGCUUGAAAAACAAUAAGCGCAUAUUCCCUAUUUGGGUUGAUGACAACAGUGACAACUUCAAGGCAUUCAGUGAGCUAGUGGGGAAGUACUCUCCCACAUUGAAACAGCUGAGUGCAAGAUGUGUGCAGAGGGGCAAAGUAACUGAUGAGCUGCCAAACAUCGCUGCUGAGAUAGUGAGGCGACUCAAAGGUAUCCCACCUGAAGCUAUCCAAGGACUUCUUCACCUGACGACUUCUCCAUCUAUGAGUGAUUCCAGCUCCUCCAAUGAAGACCAAGACACCUGCACAACAGGGUUCAAUGAUGAACAACAGAUGCAGGAUAAACUCAAAAAGGAGGAGUUAGAAUAUCUCAAAACGUUGAAUGAGAGCGUGUUUGAGUUUAUAAUAAAGGCCUCCCGAGAAGAACUCAUGCCCAAAGCAAAGAUUGCAGAGUUAACAGAAAGCACGAUACUAAACUAUCGUGAGUCUGGCAUGAAGUUCAUUAAGAUUGAGAGGGGCUGUGUCAUCAUUCACCUGAUCCCAAACAGCCGAAUAGCCCUGGACAGAUUUUGGAGAAAAUAUAGAUCUGGACAGCUCAGUAAAGACUUUUCCCAAUAUCUCAUCACUGAUGAGAUGCGCACAGUUGUUGGCAAAGACUUGUUCAUACGGGUCAUCAUGCUGGAGGAGCAAUACUGGCAGUGGAAACACUACUUUGAUGCAACAGAUGAGACGGAGACAGUCAAGGAGUUUCAGAGUUCAUCGACAACUCCUGCAUCUUCUGUGAUGGCUGCAACUUUUCUGCAGUUACCUGCAAAGGCUGAGAAAGUCUACUGA